AAAGAGUGCUGCAAAUGAAAGAAUCGAGAUCCCCAGUUGCCAAAAAUGUGGUGAUCAUGAUUGGCGAUGGAAUGGGGAUGACUACAAUAACAGCAAGUAGAAUAUAUAAAGGACAGAAAACUAAAGCUGCCACGGGAGAAUCAUAUUCUUUGUCCUUUGAUAAAUUUCCAAACAUCGGUCUGUCAAAGGAAAUAAUGAGGGAGCAAAUUUUCUGCGUGAAGUUAAUAAGGAAUAUAGGAAUAUAUCCCAUAUUACAGCUCUAUUAUCGUGGGAAUUCAGUAUACAUCCAAACAAAAUGUCAACUUUUGAAAAUGUUAAACUGACAUCAUUUAAAACAAUGUGGA